AUGACCACAGGCGAAGAGUGGAGCGAGGAGAACGAAGCCGUCGUUCUUGGGCCGUUCUCCUACAUCGAGUCGCAUCCUGGGAAGGAUCUGCGACGGAUCUUGGUUGACGGGUUCAAUCUAUGGCUGCAGGUUCCCGAAUCAUCGAUCGAGAUCAUUAGCAAUAUAAUCGCAAGGCUGCACUCGGCCUCAUUACUGAUUGACGAUAUUGAAGACUCCGCGACGCUGAGAAGGGGUUUCCCGGUUGCGCAUACGAUAUAUGGGAUACCACAGACCAUCAACUCUGCAAACUACGUCUACUUCAUCGCCCUGCAAGAGCUCUCCAAACUGAAUAACCCAAAGAUUUAUCAAAUAUUCACAGAGGAGAUGCUGAACCUACACCGAGGACAGGGACUGGAUCUAUACUGGCGAGAUUCCCUAAUAUGUCCGACGGAGGAGGAGUAUAUAACCAUGGUGAAAAACAAAACCGGUGGUCUUUUCAGGUUAGCAGUCCGUUUACUGCAAGCCGAGUCCCCUACAGACUAUGAUUUUGUCCAUCUUGCGAACCUCAUAGGUAUCCUGUAUCAAAUUCGCGAUGACUACAUGAAUUUACAAUCAGAUCAGUACUCAGUCAACAAGGGAUUUUGCGAGGAUCUAACAGAGGGAAAAUAUUCGUUCCCAAUAAUUCACAGUAUCACCAACGACGACUCCGGCAACCAGAUUCACAAUAUCCUCAAGCAACACUCCGCAGACAUAAACCUGAAACAGUACGCCGUCAAGCACAUGCGCGACGUCACAAAGAGCUUCGAAUACACCGCCCGCGCCAUAAACCGGUACCAGGCCAAGAUCACGGACGAACUAAACCGGCUGCAGAUGGGGCCGAAUCCGAUUAUCGAGCAGGUUCUCGCGGGGCUGUCCAUAUGA